CAUAAAUGGCUACAAAGACAUCGCAAUUAGUUUCUCUUUUUUUUUCUUUGCUUCUUCUGCUUCUAUUUGUCUCCUCUCAAGUCGGAUUUACACAAGCCCAAAGCGACCAACCUACAAGUUCACCAUCUCGACCAAUUCCUCCUCCUCCGCCUCGCUUUUAUGUACCUCCUUCAAAAUCGCGUAGAGGAAAAGGCACAUAACCAGA